AUGGUCAACUUCACCAUCAUCACAGAAUUUCUCCUCAUGGAAUUUGCCAACAUCCGAGUGCUUCAGAUCUUACAUGCAAUGUUUUUUCUCCUGGUUUAUUUAGCAACAUUAAUGGGGAAUUUUCUCACCAUCACUGCAGUAGUCACUGAUCAACAACUCCAUGCUCCAAUGUACUUUUUUCUAAGCAAUUUAUCCCUGUUGGAUAUCUGUUAUAUCUCAGUCACUCUUCCCAAAUUCAUUGUUAACACCCUGAUAGGCUCUCAAUCCAUCUCCCUUCUUGGAUGCACUGCUCAGAUCUUCUUCUUUCUCUUCUUUGGAUCAACAGAAUUUGCUUUCCUCAUGACCAUGUCCUAUGACCGAUUUGUGGCCAUUUGCCAUCCCUUGCACUACGGGAUCAUCAUGACACCAGCCCGGUGCCUUUGGGCAGCACUUGGUUCAUGGCUCACUGGGAUUGUCUAUUCUGCCCUACACACGGGGAACAUGUUUCGCUUGCCCUUCUCAGGGUCCAAUGUGAUCCACCAAUUUUUCUGUGAUAUACCACAAGUAUUGAAGGUUGCGACCUCUUCUGUGUACAAUGCUGAAUAUGUCCUCCUUGCUAUAAGUUCAUGUUUUCUAUUAUUGUGUUUUGCCUUUUUAAUUGUAUCAUAUGCUCACAUUUUCUCCAGUGUGCUUAAGAUCCCCUCUGUGGAAGGACGUUACAAAGCCUUAUCUACUUGCUCCCCUCACUUGAUUGUCCUUCUCUUAUUUCUUCUUUCUGCAAUUAUUGCGGUCCUGGGACCAACAUCAGAUAAAUCAUCCAUUCAGACCCUUCUCAUUGCAAUGGCUUACACAGUACUGCCCCCAUUCAUGAACCCCAUCAUUUACAGCCUGAGAAACCAGAAGAUCAAAGUCGUGCUGCUUAGGAUAAUCAAGAUGGCAUUAUUUCCUAGGAAGGGUGUUUCUAACCCUGAGAAACCUAAGAAGACAACAAAUAUGCAGCUGGGCUGCUGA